AUGGGCUAUUCCUUGAACAAACCUCGUUCCUUCCACUCGUAUCGCACAUUAAAAAUGCCAGCUUUGGAGCCUCAAUCCAAAGUAUUACUAACAGGUACGAAACCAACUAAACUCAACCCACCAACUCAUAAAUCUAACAAAAAUAACAUGCUUGCAGGUGGAUCCGGGUUUCUCGGUGCAUGGACUCUCAAGAACCUCCUUGAAUCCAACUUACGUAUCCGUGCCGUCGUCCGUUCCCGAUCCAAAGCCGACUACUUGCUCGACUGCUUACAACAACAUCGCAGUAACCUCGAGUUUAGAAUCGUAAAAGAUAUUACCGUACCAGGCGCAUUUGAUGAAGUGUUUGAAGACGGAAUGGUGCAAGGUGUAAUUCAUUCGGCCUCUCCGAUGCCGACAACCAACCCAGACGAAGACCCCGAUUUGCACAUCAAACCUGCGGUGGAAGGAACACUCAGCGUGCUCCGAAGUGCCGCUAAAAUAGGCACCGUGAAGCGAGUGGAGAUCACAUCGUCCUUAGUUGCCGCACUCGAGCCCAAAAAAGCACCCGUUACGUACACUGAGGAGUCAUGGAACGAUACGGCCGUCAAAACUGUACAAGAAAGAGGGAAGGGCGCGCCUCCGUAUAGUAAAUAUACAGCAUCAAAAGUUUUGGCGGAGCGGUCUGCUUGGGAGUUUGUAAAGGAGGAGAAUACGUCAUUUGAUUUGGUCACUUUGCUCCCAAGCUAUAUCUGGGGUGUACGUACAUUUUCUUUUCUUGUUCACCUAACUAACGUCUCAAAGCCUAUCAUUAGCGAAACAACGGCCAAUAUCAAAGGUUCCAACGCGUACCUACUGGAUAGGCUCAAGCACGAUAGACUAGAGAAACUGACAGCUCAAGAGGCUUUGAUGGAAUUGCGGAUGGUGGAUGUUCGAGAUCUGGCCGUUCUACAUGUACAGGCUCUUCUCGUGCCUGCUGCUGGAGGAGAGCGCAUCCUUGCUUCUGCCAACGAGCUGACUUGGCAACGAUGCUUUGACGUGAUUAACCAGAGCGGCAUACCUGGAAUGAAGCCAAUCCGAGGCUAUCCAGAAAAGCUCAAGGGUGAUUGGAAGCCUUUGAUCGUAAUAUCACGUGAAAAGGCCAAAAGUAUCCUUGGAAUAACGUAUAGGCCUGCCGAAGAGACGAUCAAAGACUUGGUCGCCGAUGCGAUUCGAAUUGGGUGGGCCCAAGAACCAUAG